GGAGGUUCUCAAUCGAUAUUCUUAAUUAAGUGUUGUGAAGAUGAGUUCAAGACCAGAGAUGUUUGUGAUGAUCAGAUCUCACGUCAGAAGUGCUUGGGGAAUCUACGCUUCAUCGCUGAACUUGGGAUUUGCGGUGUUAUGUCCGAAAAAGUUCUGCAUAACUGUGUUCAAGAACUUCUUUCCAGGAAAGGCCAACUUAGUUCAGUCAACGAUUCGGAGAUACAUACAUCUGCGCAGGAAAAAAACAAAACAGCCCAUACAAUUCGGGAGCGCUCUUUGUCCGCUGACUUGGAAUGUCUUUGUCAGUUCUUGACUGCUGUUGGGAAGCACAUGGACACACCGAAAGCGAAAAACUUAAUGGAUCAAUAUUUUCAUCGAUUGCGUCGUAUAUUAUCACGCGCUUACGAUUCAAAUGGAUUAACAUCCAACAAACAUGAAAAUGUAUCUACGGAAGGAAAAAAGUCGUUUUCGAAGCCGAAUGAUAACUGCAUCUUAUCUUCUAGAGUGCGGUUCAUGAUUGAAGAUUUGAUAGACCUAAGGGAAAACAAUUGGAUUCCACGUCGAGCUGGUCAGCGUACUGAAACAAACAAGCCACGUUUCCUUCGAGAUAUUCGCUUGGAAAUAUUAAAAGAAUCUGGAGUCCUUGUUGCCCCAACUCCAAGUGAGCGCUCUGUCACACAGCCAGAUGUACCUGGAAGUGCUUUUAUGGGUCACUCAUCAGCUUCAAGUAACUCUUCAGUGAAUGGCGAAUUUCCUUUCGUAAGUGGUCUGAGCUCUAGUUCAUCGAAAAAUAAUAAUGGACUUAAUACUGGUGAAGCUAAAAGUUGGAUGGAGUUGGCGCGAAUGGGUGAAGAACUCUGUCGUCAAAGUCCUCGUGAUUUCUGUUUGUUGGAUAACAGAAAUCGUAUUGGAGAGAGCCCCAUCAGUCAAUUUCAUGGACGUCCACAGGCUGGUGUUGCCACAGCUAAUCGGCGCUUUUUGUCUAGCAAAAAUGAUUUGUCCCAUUCAAACAAUAUUCUUCAUCAAGGCUCUAAACCAAAUAACACUGACAGCUGGACCAAAAGAACGGAGAAAAAUGAAGUCAGUAGCGAUUUAGAGUGGGUACGUGGUGUCAAUUCAAAACUACGGAACUCCGUUAUUACUCUGAGUAACGGCAUAUCAACAACUAAUUCUAAUUUACCUCCUCGAAUGCUCAGAAAACUGGCUGCGGAAGCUGCUGGGAAUUUGCAGAAUAACUCGACAUCAAAUGUUUUUAACGAAACAAAACAACCUGUCCAUUCGGAAGUACAGAGCUUCCAUGCAAAAUCCACUUCUGAUAAUAUGACAUCCAUUUCCAAAAACAGUGCAUCCUGCACCACGUCUUUUAUCCAUUUCAUUGGGCAAGUCAGUUCCUCUGAUCCUUUUGAGCCUGCAUACCUGCAAAAAGAAAGGUUAUCGGUCAGUGGUGGAGAUGAAGUCAGUACCCAAAAACCUGUUUGGUCUUAUCCUAAAUGUGUUCCAAACACGGCGAUUUAUGGUAGCUCAAAUCCAGCUCUUCCGUUUAAACCACAAUCUUCUGUUUCACGUCCUCACUUAAUAAACAAACCGAAUUUCCCGGAUAUUCAAGCAGCAGUUCAGAAACCAUGUAAUCGUAAAUUUGACCAGGUUAGAUCAUCUAAUUUGAACAACAUGGUCCAGUCAUCAAACAAUCUUGCUGAAAACAAUUACAAUACCACGCACGCUGUUGAUGAAAACAGGAAAAUCGCCCUUAGAUUACUCACUUUAUUGGGAGAUUCUCGUGAUCCUAUCCUGGUUAAGAAUCAAUUAAAUUCAUCGGAUUUCAGUCGAAUAACAACCGAAGUUCUUGCCGUCGCUGUUUUACAUUUAUGUGAAGAAGGUACUAAUCUUAAGUUGGCGGAGGCGGAACCAUGUGAAUUAGCUGCAAUAUUAGUAGCAUGUGCUGAAAAUCUAUUGCAUCGCGAUGCGUCUACAUCAUUCCUUGCAUCUAAGGAUAAUCGCAAAACGAAACCCACAAAAUUGUCGUGUCAUCCUUUAUCUCUUGUAUGGUCAAACCUCCUUAGCAAGAUUUUAUGUGUGACACAGUUAACUUAUUCCAAGUCCAAACUAGCAUUAUUAUCAGCUGCUUUAAUUUGGAGUCGUCAUAUUAGUCUGUCUGAAUUUGGUGAGCCCUUACGUGGGGGUAAACAUCAUCCCUUGUUUUUACUCGUUCUACAACGUUUAUCACAAAUUGUUAGUGAAGAUGGAAGUGAAACAAUUUGUAUAUCUGGAGCGGGAUUGAGUGACAGACGUUCCUUGCUCAUCCAAUUAUUUCAAGAGAGUGAAUUGCAAAUGAAUCAAAUGGUCCCAGAAGGGAGUCAAACAAACGAAGCUUUGUUGUCUUUGCUAGAAGAACGUAAUUUAGAUUUUCUCGUCCCGAGCCUACGAUUGUCAACGGAACUAUCUCACCUUAUUAUGGAUACUUCAUCCUUAGAAGGAAAAUGUCCAGAAGAGUCUGACAAAAUCACAGCUUCUAAAUUCAACGAUUACCUUUCAAAUCAUCCAAUUGAUGCCGGGAUACGAGCAUCAGACUACAUUCAUGCUUGCUUGCCAGUCAUUUAUGAAUAUAUUCACAGAGUAGGAAUUAUUGAUCUUGGCAGUUUGUCUUCACCCCCCACUUUAAUGGCUAGAGAAAAAGCUGCGUGGGAGUGCAUAGUACCUCAUGUACUUAUCGAAGUUUUACGAAGCUCAACAGACCGACAGUUGGAUGCUCUUCAUGACCUGCAGUCCUUCUGGGUUGAUAAAAAUAUGCCUAAAGGGUUUUUGUUUCGUUGUUUUAUGAACCUUUAUAAUUGUGAGCUUGUAUGUGAAGACGCCUUUUUAUCAUGGAAAGAAGAAGUGAAUCCCAGUUAUCCUGCUAAAGGCCAAGCACUAUUUGAGGUCAAUCGCUGGUUAACGUGGUUAGAAACAGCAGAGGAAGAAGACGAAGAAGACCAAUGUAAAUCUGAUUCAAAUGAGGAUCAUGCAAAGAUAAUUCAAGAAAGUCCAAUGGAUUCGGAAAACUCAGAAGCUUCUAAAUCUCCCAACCACUUUAUUGAUAUUGAGUCUCACAAUAUGCCACUGGCCCUGCAUCCCAAUUCAGCAGCUUUGCGUUCCUGAAUAACCCCUUUAGUUUCCGAACUUGAUAUCAGUUUUGUGUGUUUAUAUGAUAAUGAUGCCUGUAAAUCCUAGAUUGUAUGUCUUGCAUGGAAAAUCGGUUUUGAAACCUCGUCUUUACCAAAACAAUUUUUCGAACCUUCAAUCACAUUGGGCUUCAAUUUUCCUUAUUAUAUUAUUAUCAAAAAUCCUG